UGUUAGGGAAAUGUUGAUAGGAUGAUUAAAGUCCAAAGCUUAUCAAAGUGCAUUCCGUUCUAUUCGCUGCUUGCUUUGAGAUGCAGUCACUACACUGCGAGAAGUUCCUAAUGCGUUUCCUCACACUUCUAUCACUAUUCUUGCUCCCACAUAGCCUCCUGGCAAUCUCCUGCAAUUUUGAAUCCAGUCCAUGCGAAUGGGAAAAUGAAACGGACAGUCUUUGGUGGCUGUUUGGCAGUGGGAAUGGUUCAAACUCGAGUACCCCGGGCCCGAUGUAUGAUCACACCAUCACUCAUGGAGGUUGGUACCUGUUCGUCAGCCCUGCAUCAACAGGUGGCAACAAUACUGCUGCACGACUUGUCUCCAUCAAUCAGACCGCCACCGCCUGUGACCUGUGCUUCUCCUUCUGGUACCACAUGUAUGGCCCCAGUAUCGGGUACCUGAACCUCAAGGCGCGGCAAGAAGGGCAGCCGGAGCAGCUCCUGUGGACCAGGACCGCGACACAAGGUAACGAGUGGAGGCGUGCAUUCCACACCAUCAGCCCACAGCUCAAACACUUCCAGCUGAUAUUUGAAGCAAGCCUGACCGAGGAAGCAGCGGAUAUCGCUAUCGAUGACAUCAGUGUCGUGGGAGGGGCCUGUGAGCCCCAACAUAUGUGCAACUUUGAAGCCGACUGCUGUGAGUUCACCUUCACAGGGUUACAGACCUGGCAGCGAGAGCGGGGAGGCUCUCCGAACAGCACCGACAGGCCGACCAGCGAUAUCACCAAGGAAACGGAGCAAGGAUACUACAUGCUGGCUAACACCAGUCAGCAGAUGCUCCCAAGUGGCCAGGCAUUGGUCCUGGUGUCACCGCCCCACGCACCGCGAGACAUAGUUUGCCUGCAGUUCUGGGUGCAGGCGAACGUCAGGAAUUCAGGUAUUUUGAACGUCUAUGUGGAAGAGGACUCACUGGGGAAGAGGCUGAUCUGGAGUAACGUGGUAGCCCCACUAAAGACAUGGAGGCUGGGCAGAGCCAACAUACAAACAGAUCACACUUGGAAGCUGGUGUUUGAAGCGGUCGGCGGAGGAGCAGACUUGUCGUACAUUGCCAUUGACGACGUGAUGCUGUUGCACACCCAGUGUCCCCGGAUGGGUGUCUGCAACUUUGAAAAGGGCAUGUGUGGCUGGAGGAAUGUGCUGGACCCCAAGAAGGAUCAUGUGGACUGGAAUUGGAACAGUGGGAAGGCACCCAACCAUUUCCAAGUACCAACUGUUGACCACACCCUGGGCACCAAGGAAGGUCACUACAUGUUUGUGGACAUUGGAGCGAUCAAUGUUAGAAAGGAUGCCUGGCUCCUGAGUGAACACCUCCCUCCGACCAAAGGCUCGUGCCUUAUGUUCCACUACCGCAGCAACAUCAACAAACACCUCAUGCACGGGCCGCUCAAGGUUUUCCAGUACACACCUAAUGGGAUGGAGAAAAUGCUCUGGGAGGCCAAGGAUAUCCAGGACGACAACUGGCGAACUGGCAACAUAACUGUGGAAAAUGCCAUGGAGUUCCAGAUUGGUUUUAAAGCGAUAAAAUCAGAGGAGCUAACAAAUGGUUACAUUGCCAUUGACGACAUUGAAUAUCAUCCUGGUGUGAACUGUUUUGGAGUUCCGACGGAUAGCGCUGCUGGAGGUGCCAGCAACACUGCUGGGAUCGUUGCUGCUGUGAUCCUCAUUCUGGCUGCACUGGUGUGCCUCGCUGUGGCCACCAAUUACUGGUAUAAAAACAAGAUCGCCUGCUUUCGUGGAAGCAGUAAUGAUUCGAGGACGUUCUUUGGGUUUGACAACAUCAGCUAUCGAAACCGUAACAAGAAUACGGUGCCAGUGGAGACUGUCCCUGCGAGUGGCGUACAAGAUCCACAGUGAGCUUCAGAGGAGCAGGACGCCUCCAACACAGCACUCCAUGUACAAUAAAAUACCUCUUUAUUAAAGAGCCUGGGAGCCAGAGAGUCCUUUCUUCUUUGC